AUGAGCAGACCAGAUGAUGAUUUACCACCGUCGUACGAUGAGGCGCUGAGAGAAUCAGCACCUCCCAUGCCAACUCGUCCACCCACCGCUCCGGCAAGCAUACGGCCACCUGUCAUGCCACCAAGGCCAUCCAGUUCGAGUCCUUCCUCUUAUAAUGUUAGUCCUCCUUCGAAUAUAGCAAGCCCAGCGAAGAUUCCCUGGACUUAUCCGAGCGGCUACUAUUGUACCAAAUGUGGAAAUACAGGCUACAAGAUCAAGAACGGGCACUCCUGUAAACAGUGCUGGCGCAAGUUUGCCCAAUCCGUUUCGAACAACAGCGUCAGGGUGGUCUUUGAUGGCUACCCUCAAGGCUAUCCUUCGAACUACAGUCACCUUGGCAUGCCACUCAUGCCAAUGUCUCCAGCUGGCGCUCCACAAGCUCCUGGAGGAUUUCGGCCUUUUUCUGGGUCUACGAACUUACCUAGCGGACCCUCAUCAGGGCCGCCGCUUAUGGUUCAACCUGGCGAUCCCAGGAUUGGCGGCGUGACGUGCGGCGAAUGUCGCGGUAAGGGCAGAGUGCGCUUUCUACUGGACAAAGAGAUAUGUACCUUAUGUCACGGAGUGGGUAGAGUGUUCUAA